CAUGCAGAGACAGACGGACGCGUCCUUUCGUCCUUCCACCGUUAACUAGUUUUCUUUCGAAAAAGCGCGAAAACUGAAAUAUUUGAAAAGAGGUUGCCCCCAUUGAGCCAUAGAGCCAAAACAAAAAGAAAUACUAUUUUUUUCGAGUGUGCAGUGUGAAAAAAGAAAGGGGCGAAAGACGGGGCAGACAGGCAGAAAGGAGAACGGAGAAAGCAGAAGACGGAAAUGAAACCAGCAAGUUGUGUGCAUAUCGGAGAAAGUAACGGAAAUUAAAAUUUGCAUAUAUGCAAGAGGCGGCGGGCGGCGGUGGGCGGUGAGCGGUGAGCGAUGAAGAUGGAAAUUAAGAUGAAAGCGAGCCCGAAACUGACCGAAACCGAAUCAGAAUCAGAGACAGAAACAGCAGCCCCGACCCAAAUCCAAACCCAAAGACUCAAGUGCCAGAUCUAACAAGCCAGACUCAGACUCACUCGUGCGCAAUCCAACCCACCAGCAGAAGAAAAAAAAUAAAUCCCAGGAGCCACAGUCCUGUUGCAGUUGCAGAUCCACAGAUAGUCCCAUCCAAUCCAAUAGUCCAGCCACAUAGAAAUGCCGUCGCCAGGACACCACACAUCAUUCUGCUGCUCCACGGCAGGAUUUAUCGCUUGCUCAGCAAUCGUUCUGCUGUGCAGUUCCGAGGUCCUGUCCAGUUGGGAGGAGUGGUGGACAUACGAUGGCAUAUCCGGACCAAGCUUCUGGGGCCUUAUCAAUCCGCAGUGGAAUAUGUGCAACAAAGGCCGCCGCCAGUCGCCCAUCGACGUGGUGCCCGACAAGCUGCUCUUCGAUCCCUAUUUGCGGCCCCUGCACAUCGACAAGCACAAGGUUUCCGGCACUCUGCACAACACCGGCCAGUCGCUGGUCUUCCGGGUGGACAAGGACACCAAGCAGCACGUGAACAUAUCGGGCGGACCCCUGGCCUACCGCUACCAGUUCGAGGAGAUCUACAUCCACUACGGCACUGAGAACGUCCGCGGGUCCGAGCACUUCAUCCAGGGCUACAGCUUCCCCGGCGAGAUCCAAAUCUACGGGUUCAACAAGGAGCUGUACCACAACAUGUCCGAGGCGCAGCACAAGUCGCAGGGCAUCGUCGGCCUGUCGCUGAUGGUGCAAAUUGGCGAGACGCCCAAUCCGGAGCUGCGGAUCAUCACGAGCACCUUCAGCAAGGUGUUGUAUCGAGGCUUCUCCACGCCCAUUCGACACAUAUCCGUGAGGUCGCUGCUGCCGAACACGGAUCACUACAUCACCUACGAGGGCUCCACGACGCAUCCGGGCUGCUGGGAGAGCACCGUCUGGAUUAUAGUUAAUAAGCCCAUCUAUAUCACCAAACAGGAGUUGUACCAACUCCGACGACUGAUGCAAGGCUCCGAGAGUACUCCAAAAGCUCCCCUAGGUAAUAAUGCGCGACCCGUGCAAAGUUUACAUCAUAGAACCGUAAGAACGAACAUAGAUUUUAAGCGCAACAAGAAUCAAUAUGCGUGCCCCUCGAUGUACAAGGAUAUGUACUAUCGGGCGAAUCGAUGGUCUCCGGACACGGGACUCUUGAUACGUUGACAACUGGGCUGGGAGUGCUGCGGAAAGCAAUUAUUAUUAUUGCUAUUAUUAUUAUGUGUGGUAAAUAAUGUUACAGCAAUUACAACUAUAAUGACAACAACUGGUUACAAAAACAUCAACAACUGAGGCUGGCAACGAAGCAUUUUGCAUUUUGCAUUUUUUAUGUCGCAUUCAAUUUUUAUAUUCAUGUUUACAACACGAACUCAGGAUUCGUUUGGCUUGCAAUUGCAAUAUUCCUACAGCAGCAGCAGCGGCAGCACAGCAAUUUGUAUUAUUUAUUUCAUUAUUAUUAAUAAUACAACAACGGGACAAUUUUAGGUAACAAAUGCAUGCAAAAUGCGGAAAAAGAAUGCUUAUAGAGCGGGCAUAACAAUAGAGUAAAUUCCAUGCCAAACGCAAAUGCUAAAUUUAACAAACAAAAAGCUGACACACAGAACCUAGCAUCAAAAAAUAGCAAAUAGUAGCUGAAAAUUUGCGUAAAAAUU